GUGACAGGAUAUUUCCUCAUUUAGAGCCCAGGGCUUUCUUCUCAUCUAUCAGCCUUUCAAAACAUAGUAGGAUCUACCACCCAGCACUUUACAAAAGGAAUUUUGACAGCAAGUAAUUGUAAUUCAUCACUUAGUGGAAAGGAAGAAGGGAAUGAAACAUUUGCCAUGAUUCCCUCCACAUGGCUUAUUGUCCUCUUUCUCCUGCACAGUGCUUUGCAGCUGCUGGGUGACACAGAAAAACUUUGGAUUACAGAUUCUUUGACAGGUUUCCACUAUCAGGUUAACUCCCAGCCACUUGUAACAUGGCAUCACACAAGGAAAAGCUGCCAAGAACAGAAUGCAGAAUUGUUAAGUAUCACAGAGAUUCAGGAGCAAACAUACCUGAGAGAGAUCACUAAAAAUAUUGAUUCUGCUCUUUGGAUUGGACUUAACAGUUUGAAUCUCAACAGUGGAUGGCAGUGGAUUGGUAGCAGUCCUCUCCGAUAUUUGAACUGGGCUCCAGGAAGCCCCUUUCCAGUCCCAGGUAAACUCUGUGCAGUGCUGAAUCCCAGAAGAGCUUCUACAUGGGAAAAUCAGGCAUGUAAUGAGAAACAUGGCUACAUUUGUAAAAGGGAAAAUUCCACUUUGGAGUCCCUCAGUAUACCCUCAGAUCAUGCUCAGUCUAUUAUAUGCCCUAAGGGCUGGUUGCCAUACACAGGCCACUGUUAUAUGAUUCAUAGAGAGCCCAAGUUAUGGAAGGAAGCUUUGACAUCAUGUAAGAUGCAAGAUGGAAAUUUGGCGAGUAUACAUAAUAUUCCAGAGCACAGCUUUAUAGUUUCUCAGCUUGGCUACAAGCCAACUGAAGAGCUGUGGAUUGGACUGAAUGCCCUUAAGAUUCAACUGUAUUUUGAAUGGAGUGAUGGGACACCUGUGACAUAUAUCAAAUGGCUACGCAAUCAACCCAGCUAUACAAAGAGGCAAGAAGAUUGUGUUGUUAUGAAGGGACAGGAUGGAUAUUGGGCAGCCAAUGUUUGUGAAAAGAAACUUGGUUAUAUCUGCAAAAGGACACCCUUAGCCCAAGCUCCCAGAGAAGAGGAGGUAAUCCAUCCAGGCUGCCAGAGAGGCUGGACAAGACAUGGUUUUCAUUGUUAUUUGGUUGGACAUACAUUUGUAACAUUCUCAGAAGCAAAUAAGACAUGUGAAGGAAGCAACGGUUACCUGGCUACUGUUGAAGACAGAAAUGAACAAGUCUAUCUGAUUAGUCUGAUUGGGCUGAGGCCUGAAAAAUAUUUCUGGAUCGGUCUUUCACAUGCAGAGGAACAAGGGACUUUCAAGUGGGCCAAUGGUGAAGCAGUUCUGUUCACUCACUGGAACUCAGCAAUGCCUGGAGGAAAGUCAGGCUGUGUUGCCAUGGAAACUGGGAUUGCAGCUGGAUUAUGGGAUGUUCUUAGUUGUGAGAAAACAGCAACAUUUCUCUGCAAGCAGUGGGCUGAGGGUGUGACACAUCCUCUGAUUCCUUUAACAUCUCUUGCCCCUACAUGUCCUGAAGGCUGGGAUUCAAACAAUUAUAUUAGCUCAUGCUUCAAAAUUUUUGUGAGAGAAGGAAACCAAAAGAAAUCAUGGUUUGAAGCUGAAGAAUUUUGUAGAGAAAUAGGAGGACACUUGAUCACUAUCAGCAGAAAAGAAGUAAAGCAUACAAUAUGGCAGGUGCUUCUGGAAAAGGGAUUUCUCUUUCAGCGUUUCUGGAUUGGUUUGAUUUACUUGAAUCCUGAUGAAGGAUAUACCUGGACUGAUGGCUCUUCAGUGAUUUAUGAAAACUGGGGUGAAGGAGAACCCAACAAUGACAAAGGAAUUGAACAUUGUGGGAUGUUUGAGGGAAAUUCAAAAAUGCAGUGGAAUGACUUGUAUUGUGAACAUUUACUUAAUUGGAUUUGUGAAAUAAAAAAAGGUACACCAUCAAAACCUGAACCAAGUACCACAUUUGAUUAUAAGGUCACUGAUGAUGGAUGGGUUAUCUAUGAAGACCAGCAGUACUACUUCAGCACGGAAAAUGUCCAUAUGGAGAAAGCUUGGGAUAUUUGCAAGAAGAAGUUUGCAAAUCUUGUUGUCAUUGACAGUGAAAGUGAACGCAAAUUUCUUUGGAGAUAUAUUUACACUAAAAACAGAAUGAAUUCAUAUUUCAUUGGUCUAAUGGUCAGCUUUGAUCAAAAAUUUAGCUGGCUGGAUGGAACCCCAGUAAACUAUGUAGCCUGGGCCCCAAAUGAACCCAACUUUGCAAAUAAUGAUGAAAACUGUGUGGUCAUGAACAAAGAUUUUGGCUAUUGGAAUGACAUAAGCUGUGGUAUUCGAAAUGCCUUUAUCUGUGAAAGGCACAACCAUUCUACUCAUUCAGAUUUUGCUCCAACAGCACGUUCUCCUCUGGGAGGAUGCCCUGAAAACUGGCUUUUGUUUAAUAAUAAGUGUUAUAAAAUAUUUGGGUCCGGUGAAACAGAGAGACUGUCUUGGCAUGCUGCCCGAAGCACUUGCAUAAAAUUAGGAGGAAACCUAGCUUCAAUACAUAAUGAACAAGUGCAAGCCUUCCUCACCUUCCAUUUAAAGGAUGUCAUGGCUGAAACCUGGAUUGGACUGAAUGAUAUUAAGGAGGAGCACCAUUAUCUUUGGACAGAUGGGAGUUUAUUUGACUAUUCAAAGUGGGCCACAAAUUUCCCAUUUAGAGAUCGUUAUACGGUUGUGGAGUGGACAUAUAUUACAUUGGAGACUGACUGUAUUGCAAUGAUGAAGAAAUCUAUAGAAGAGGAAGGGUACUGGGGAAACAAUGACUGUCAGCAGAACAAUAGUUAUAUAUGCCAGAUGGACAGCAACCCUGAUUUAUUUCGUUCCCCAGCAAUUCCAGCCUCAGACAUAAUUCAUUAUGGUAACUGUAGCUAUUCAAUCAUCCACUCCAAAAUGAAUUGGGAAGAGGCACGAAACAACUGCAAGAAAAAAUCUUUAGAACUUGCUAGCAUUUUGGAUCACUAUAGUGCUUUAUUCCUGUGGUUAUACGUGUUGCAGUUUGGAGAGCCAGCAUGGAUUGGUCUCAACAGCAAUGUGACUGAUGGCUAUUACAGAUGGACUGAUCACAGGAAAAUCAAAUAUUCUAACUGGGCUAGAAGGGAACCAAAACAGGAAAUAGCUUGUGUCUAUCUAGACCUUGAUGGAACCUGGAAGACAGCAUCCUGUGAUGAAAAUUAUUUCUCUGUCUGCAAACAGUCUGAUGUCAUAGCUCCUACUGAACCUCCACAACUCCCUGGAAAAUGUCCUAAAUCAAGAAACCAGGUAUCUUGGAUUCCUUUUCGUGGCCAUUGUUACUUUUUUAAUGCCCACGGUACCAGCUGGGGUGAAUCUGCUACUGAAUGCAUUCGAUUAGGUGCUACUUUGGUUUCAAUAGAAGAUUUAGAUGAAUCUAAAUUUCUAGCCGACACUAUUGAGCCACAUCAAGGAAAGAUAAGUGGGUUUUGGACAGGAAUGUACAGAAAUGUUGAUGGGCGAUGGUUAUGGCUAGACAAAAGUGCAGUAGAUUUUGUCAAUUGGCAAAAAGAAGAGCCUUCGAGUAAGCUUUUUGAGUAUUGUGUGGAAAUGGCUGCAUCAUCUGGGUACUGGAAUACCAUUCUCUGCUCUUACCAAAAGGGGUCCAUUUGCAAGAAACCAAAAAUGAUUGACACUGAACCAAGUGAGAAUCUGAUCAUUAAGAAAGAAGCAUCUGCCCACAGCACAACUUGGAUUCUAAUUAUUCUGGUCCUUAUCCUAGCAGGAGUGGGCCUCACAGCCUGUUUCUUAUUCAGGAAAAAAAGACAAAAUAAAUUACAAACAGAUGCCAGCAUCAGUAACGUGCUAUUAGAACAUAGAGAUACUGUAAGUAGAGUGAGGGAUGCAAAGGAAUCUAUGGAUAAGAAAGAGCAAAAUGAACAGACUGUCAUAUAGUGUGAUAAAAUCACUGAAUUAUGUAACUGGAGCAAAUGAAAUCUUAAGCAAAUUAGCAUUCUUUAGUAUAUACGCUGUUCUAUGCUCUGACUAUUUUUGUACACCUACUAGCAGACACAAUUAUUGUUUUUGCACUCUUGGAAAAAGUCCUAAAACAAUUUCACGGGGGGGAAACAUUUGCACAUAUAUAGUGUGGCUAACUGACGAGUAUGGCAAGUAGAUCACUGAAGAAAACUAAAAUGAAACACACAGCAGUGUGAAAGAGGCAUCUUUGAUUUUUAGUCUUGUAUUGCCAUUACUCAUAGAGAAUGUGAAGACAGCUAUGUGUUCACUCUAGAAAGCCAGCUAUUUAGACUAUAUAUCAGUUCAACAUUUUAAAAAACUGUAGUAUUAUUUCAGUCAAGAUUUUAUAGAUAGAUAGAAACAAAAAAAUCUUAUUUUACACAAAAUGUUUUGCACAUUCUAUUAGUUCAGGAUUACACUCUUAUCAAAUUAUCAAGUGUGUAUUAAUUUUUUUCUCACAAUAUAGGAAUAGAUGAAAGUCAAAUGUCAAUGGUUUUCUCUCGUUCAUACUUAUACUUUGUGUCUGUAAAAUAAAUAAGGCUGUUUAUUUUGCUACUGGCUUGCAUUUUUAUAAUAUUCUAUUAAUGCAAUUUUUUUAUCAGCUUCAACUUAACAUAAAAUAUGCAGACAAAAGAAUCUGUUACUUAGAUAAGUAAUGAUGAGGUUAGCAUGCAGAGAUGCUGAUGAAGAGAUACAUUUACUUGUGAGAUGGAAGAAUAAAAUAUGUCCAAAAUAUACCCAUCUAAAAAAGAAAAAUAAACAAUA